CCUAAAGCCUUAGAACAGUGAUCCCACUUCGGUAAUUUUAGAACCUGGUAGGACCCGCUGCCAUCAGGGGCCCCAGGUGCAGGGUGGUGUCAGCUUUCAGGGGAAUUGGAGUCUUGUCUCCGCGCGCUUCCUGCAUGAGUAGAAUCUCGGAAAACGGUCAGCGGGGUUCAGAAGGCAGGAGAUAACACCAAGAUCCUACGUAGAAUUGCAUCUUUACGUCGUAGGCUUGGUCUCGUGUAUUUUUAUUCAGCGUGCUUAAUUAGCCGGGGUCACUCGCUUUGGGACCCCAGUGGUCGUUUUUGCCACCAAGCUCUGCCUCUUGAGCGUUUAAUACUGGGAUUUACAAAGCAACGUGUUGCUGUUCAUCUUAGCUUUCAAUACUGGGCAAGGGUUACGUUUCUAACCCUGCCAGUGCCACAGGCUCAUUAUAUAUUGAAGGACUCACCUGGUAUUUGGUUUUGUCAUUUAUAAAGUGGAGUUGGAGUAGAUACUUCAAGCGUUUUCAAUACCUUUAAAUUCUAAAUUUUAAACUCUAAAACUUAAUGAUACCGUAGGAUUUUAAAAGAGUACAGGUUUUAAAAGCUCUUACCUUGCUAUUAAUGACAGUGGCCUACCGUGUAGAAACUUGAGAUUAAAUUGCAGACUGCAGAUAUGACCGGACCAUUUUUAGUGUGGUGCAAACUGUAUCUUCUGCAGGUUAUAGGCAUUUUGGAAGCAGGAACUGAGAAAAUUCUGGCAGUGAUCUUUCAGUAUUUUAAAUUCCACCAUUUCUCCAAGUUCAGUUGUCUUGAUGAGAUACGGGGUGGAACUUCUUUCAGACAUCUCUUGAUGCCAGAAUUGAAUGGGAACAGAAAAGGGUUGUAGUAAGAACCAUCAUCAAAGCCUCCACAGGACUUGAGCAGCGACUGACGUGUUUACUUCUAACCUUGGAUAUCUCAGAGAUUUGGUUCCACUGUGCUUUUCUGUCUCUCCACUCACGCCUUAGUGAGUUUGUUCUUUCGGUUGGAGUAAUUUAAUACAAGUGUUAGUCCUUAGAAAUCUAUUUUGGAUUAAUUUCUUUCUAUUUUUAGAGUUAGGCCCUCAGUACAGUAAGUCCUCACUUAACAUCAUCCAUAGGUUCUUAGAAACUGGAGCUUUAAGCCGUGCAGUGUACAAGGAAACCAGUUUCACCAUAGGUUAAUUGAUAUAAAUAAGAGCAGAAGAAUAGAAGGAAGGUGAUAGGAUGUGAUGAUAGAAUUUGUGAUAGCCAAGCAACAACUUUUCCUAAUUCGGCAUGUUAAAAAAUAAGGGUCACUCAUCUAAGAAAGAUAACUUGGCAGUCAAUGCAGUUGCUUUACAAGAUCACAUUUUACAUGAUCUUCAACUUCGAAAUCUUUCAGUUGCAGAUCAUUCUAAGACACAAUUACAAAAGAAAGAGAACAAACCUCUAAAAAAAGAUACAAAGGCAGUAAUAGAUACUGGACUUAAAAAAACUACACAGUGCCCCAAACUAGAAGAUUCAGAAAAAGAAUAUGUUCUUGAUCCCAAACCGCCACCAUUGACUUUGGCACAGAAGUGGGGCCUCAUUGGGCCUCCACCACCUCCACUGUCAUCAGAUGAAUGGCAGAAGGUGAAACAGCGCUCCCUCCUGCAAGGGGACUCCAUGCAGCCAUGCCCCAUCUGUAAAGAAGAAUUCGAGCUUCGUCCUCAGGUGCUGCUUUCAUGCUCCCAUGUGUUCCACAAGGCAUGUCUUCAGGCUUUUGAAAAGUUCACAAAUAAGAAAACCUGUCCUCUCUGUAGAAAGAACCAGUAUCAAACCCGAGUGAUACACGAUGGAGCCCGCCUGUUCAGAAUCAAGUGUGUGACCAGAAUCCAAGCCUACUGGAGAGGAUACAUUGUUAGAAAGUGGUACAGAAACCUGAGGAAAACAGUACCUCCCACAGACGCCAAGUUAAGAAAAAAAUUCUUUGAAAAAAAGUUCACAGAAAUCAGCCACCGCAUCCUGUGCUCAUACAGCACCAACAUUGAAGAGCUCUUUGCAGAAAUCGAUCAGUGCUUGGCCAUAAAUCGAAGUGUUCUUCAGCAGUUGGAAGAAAAAUGUGGCCAUGAGAUCACAGAAGAGGAAUGGGAGAAAAUCCAAGUGCAGGCUCUGCGCCGGGAGGCCCACGAGUGCUCCAUCUGCCUGGCCCCUCUCUCCCCUGCUGGCAGUCAGAGCGUGGGUGCCGGCCGGCGUUCCCGAGAGAUGGCCCUCCUGUCCUGCUCACACGUGUUCCACCAUGCGUGUCUGCUCGCACUAGAGGAGUUCUCCGUGGGAGACAGGCCUCCUUUCCAUGCCUGUCCUCUCUGCCGCUCCUGCUACCAGAAGAAGAUUCUUGAAUGUUGAAUUCAUAGUCAAGGAAAGUUAGGUAAUUCUGAGGAAAAAAGUUUACCAUCAUUUUGGAUGAAAUGCAUGAGUUCUGGGUUAAGUACUACAAUGUAAUCUGUUUCCCAGGGAAAUAAGCUAUUGGUAGUUGUAGGAAAUCUUAGUAUAUUUUAAAAGCUGACAGCCCACCUAACUUUAGUCUUUUGUCUCUAAAAAGUAAAUUUCAAAUUUAUGAGUUUAAUCACUUGAAAUAUGAAUAGCAAAAAAUGAGAGCUUGCUUACUUCUAAAAAUUGAGGUUAAGAUAUAGCUAGUGUCUGACCGACACUCCUUAAAGUAAGUUCCAAAUGUAAAACACUCCGUAAGUUCCAAAUGUUUUCCACUAAUACUUUGUCCUAAAGCCUUUGCCAUUCCUAAUAUUCGUUUUGUAACAAUUGCUGUAUUUCUGUGUAAUAAAAUAUAAAAAUAAAAUAUUCAGUGGUAUUCAACAUCAAAAAAA